CCAUUAUUGGUUAAGCGUCUGGCAGCCCUGCUUUGGCAAUUUCCAUUUCGUUUUAGGCUUGGGUAUAUUCGCUUACUUAUUCCACGCCCUGAUAUAUUUCGAAAAACAUGUCUUUUAAUCGUGGAUUAAAAAGAGAUUCCUUUGGGAAUCGAAACUUCAAUAAUCGUGGAAAUAGUGGAGGAGGUGGAGGUAGACCUGGUAAUAUCGGUGGAGGAGGAGGAGGAGGUGGAGGCGGCGGCGGUGGUGGCGGUGGUGGUAUGGGAAACAAUAUGGGAGGUGGUAUGGGUGGAGGAGGAGGAAAUAGCGGAAUGAAUCCUUGGGAAGGAGGAAUGAUGCCUGGAAGAGGAAUUUUACCUACUCCAAAUAAUAAUAUAUCUUUGGCUUCUCCGCAAGCACAGCUAGCAAUAGCGAGUAAUCUUCUUUCGAAUUUGUUACGUACUCAACAAGAAACACAACCACAAGUACCAUCUUUACUCAGCCUUGGAAAUAAUUUUUCUGGACCAGGACCGAACUUUCCAAAUCAACAAAACUUUUCAUCAGGACGAUUUAACGAUCGUCCAGUAAGACACCCUGUCAAGAAUCAACGACCUCAACCGUACAAUAAGAUGGGCAAUCGAGCCCGAGAUGGCCCUGCUGGGCGACGUGGCCUAUCUGCACAACAAUCUCGUGCACCCCAGUCUGGCAAUCAACGUAUGAAUGGAAACCAAAAUCAACAUCGCAACGAUAAAUCUUCUAAACCAAUUCCUGCCUCUAAACAAAAUCAGACUGCCAAAAAGGAACAGCAGGACAAUAAGACCUCUGAUAAUGAAAAAGCAGAAGCACCUGUUGCUAAAAGUGAACUUGUGGAAGAAUCUGAAGAUAAAAAACGUGACUGGAAGGAUGAGAAGAAUGAAGUAGAAGAAGUUAAAAUAGAUAAGACAAAUGAUACGGAAGCAAAAGUUACAAAAGAAGAUGAAGACGAAAAAAAAAUAGAAAAAUGUUCUGCUACCGCUGCUGCUGCUGCUGUUACUACUACAACUACUACUACUAAUACCGCUGCUGCUACUAAUAAUACUGCUACAGAAGAAACAUCUAAAGAAGCAAAUGCAACUAACUCUGACAAGGAUUCAAAAGCAACUGGAAAGAAAUCUGAAGCUAGACAUGCAGAAAGCCGUUAUGCGGAAGUACCAAUGAGCCAUAUGUUUUGUUACAUAUGUAACAAACAUAUGUGGGAUGGUUAUUCCUUUGAGAAUCAUUUAAGAGGACGUGCACAUCAACUAAUGAUGGAAAAAUUGGACGAAUCGUAUAAAUUAAAAGUUGAUUUAAUGAGACACGAAUUAAGAGUAGCAGAGGAACAACGUGGACUUAGUCUAAAUAAUUCUAAACGUCGAGGCAAAAAGAUACCUGUAGAUCUCAAUAUAAGAGAAUAUUGUACAAUGUGUGAUUUAAAUUUUUAUGGAACUUUGUCAACGCACCGUAAAAGCGAGAAGCAUCAACAGUUGAAAACAUUUUUGCAUCCACGUUGUUUCCCAUGUUUAAAAGAGUUUCCAUCUCGCAUAGAAUACGAUGAACAUUGUCUAACGCCAGCUCAUAUGAAAAAUGCUGUACAAUGUGAAGAACAACGUAAGAAUAAAAAGAAAGAAAAACUUGGAAAGGGCGAAGCUGAAGUUCGUACCGCUGAUGACGAAGAAAAGGAUAUUGGCCCUGAUCAAAAAAGUGAGAAGGAAGAUGAAUCCGGAGAGCACGAAUUUAUCACUGACAUUUCAGAAAAUUUGAAGGAUAAGAAAUUUAAAAUACCUUCUUACAGGUAUUGUCGACAAAAUCAAUUAUCCAUAGGUAAAUCUUUAGUGAAGGAAGUGCAAGGAUAUUAUUGCGAAAAAUGUCGAAGAUUUAUGUUAUUAUCCGAAGACAUGAACGCUCAUCUUCGUAGCAUAACGCAUUACAGAAAUUUCGUGCAAGAAGUUAAAUCUUUAACUGCUAAUACUACAAAUGCAGAAUCUAAAGAAACUGAAGACAUUGAGACCAAGAGAGAUAACUCAUCACAAAAUAGCGAGGAAUACGAAGGCAAUUGGAAACGCCGUAAAGUUGCUCAUUCCGAGGAUGAAGAUAACGGAGAAACUAAAGAGACACAAGAUAACAGCAAUGAAAGUUCCUCGGUUCAGAAGAAAACCGAUGGGGAUGAAAAAUAUGAUCCUUUAGAAGCUGAUGCGGAAUCAGAGGAAGAUGAGAAUAACGAAACGAGUGGAAAUAAUGAACAAACUACAGAAAAUGUUACUAACGAGCAAGAAAAGAAAACGCCCGUUGAAAAAAUGUGGGCUGACAUAGAUAAUGACAAUGAUCUUGAAAUAGGAAAUUUAAUAGACGACGGUGAUGAGAAAGAACAUGCAGAACUUGAAAAAACAACGCCGGUUAGCGUUGAAGUUACACACACUCCGCAAAUGAAUAAAUCACCACGAGGACGUGGAUAUUCACGAGGACGCGGUGGUGGUCCUCGUGCUCGAAGAUCUCGGCGAUAAAAAAAAUAAUUAAACAAAAGGAGCAACAACUGGAAUUCAUAAGCGUAUUUUUGAAUAUUCUAUUUCUCUCUUUAAAAAAAAAGAAAAGAAAAGAAAAGAAAAAGAAGUGAUAUCGUUCGAAAUAAAACAUGAAACAUAAGACAAGAACAUCUUACAUAUUCUAUAAUUCAUGAGAAUUUUAAAAUAUAUAAUUUUACAAAUUAUUGUUAUGUAGCAAAACUUUGAACAAGAAAAUUUUUUUUAAUUUUCGAUUAUAACAUCGUAUAAUGGGAUGAACGUCAUCACGUCAAGUUUACUUUAUCUUAUUUCGAUAUAACUUUAUAUACUCGUAAAUUAUCUGUCCAUUAUAAAGCUUUAAUUUCACAUGCAGAUUGGUAUUGUUUUUUAAUAGCCUCAUAUAUAUAUAUACAUAAUAUUGUUAUUAUUAUUAUUAUUAUUACUAUUACUAUUACUAUUAUUACUAUUAUUAUUACUAUUACAUAUAACUCGUCCGUAUUAGAUGCUUAAGAUAGAAAAAACAAGGAGUAUACAAAAUAUCUACAUACUAUAUUAUAGAUUAAUACUAUAAUAUCUGAAAACAAAACUUUGUAUGUUGAAAUUAGAAAUUAUAGAUAAGGAUGGUCUUUUUAUAUUAACAUUCAUGAACGAUUGCAAUAUAAUUUUAAAAGAAAAUUUAUUUGUUCCCUACGAGAUAUUGUAAAAAAAAAAAAAAGAAAGGAAAAACUGAUUUGUGCAGCUAAUAGAUCAUCAAAUGACAUAUUCGUAAUUUAUAUAAAGCGAUACAUAUUCUUAAAUACAUGUAUAUAUAUAUUUAUGUACAUGUAGAUUGUUAAUUUUAAACAAAAAAAAAAAAAACAUUAGUUGUGAAAUUGAUAUAUAAUUUGACAAGAAUAUAAAUAUACCUGCGAAUUCACAGGUAAUGUACAUAAUUUUUUUUACUUUUUCAUUUUUAACUUCAUUCAUACAUAAAAAGCUGAAAGAGACAUUAAUGGGAUAUUAAUAAUAAAUGAAAAUAUUUACUUUACGCAAAGCAAUUGUAUAAUUUAAUAUUACAAUUAUGCAAUCAUCCAUAAUUAUAUAACAUGAUAUCAUUCCAAUAAGUUUUUCUGUACUAAGGAUAUAUAAUGCACGAAAAAUAAAUGAAAUAAGAAUGUAUGAAAAAUU